AUGUCUACCAGCGGCAGUCUGAAUUUUCGCCCAGAUCGGCCCCUCAUUGUAAAAUGCACUUUCGACAAAUGGCACAAGAGAAUCACAUUCAGUUCCGCACGGAAUUGCUCCUAUGAUUUACUCCGGCACAAGGUCGAGCAGUGUUUCUCGUUAUAUUCCACUUCAUACGCUAUUGCGUACAAGGACGAUGAUGGAGAGAUAACCAAUAUCACCACCGAGACUGAUCUCACCGAAGCAAUUCAAUACUUUCAAGCAGGUGAUGACGCCCCUUUAUCAUCUGCAGCAUCCAUUCUUUCUGGGCGGAGCUUCGGUCCACGGAAGGUCACUCUUCGUGUCAGCAUCACAGUCGACUACGACGGACCUAGCCUCUCAGAUACAUCAUCGCUUGUGAGCUUGGACGAUUACAGAAAUCGUAACGGAAGUCAGCAAUCUUUCUCUUUUGGCGCCCCUUCCGUUGACCUUGAUGAUGACUCCGUCACUGUCAGUUCUAAGGAUCAAGGCGCCUCAUCGCUUGUCAAUUCAAGGGCCUCACAUUCUUCUUCUACGUUUAGCGGGCCACGGAAGGGUGUAAAUGGUUCAUCACAUGAUACAUUUUCGAUUGGCAUCACCUCUGUGAGCAGGAUGGACGAUUCUAAUAUUACAAAAGGUGAUGCGACAGCCCACGACCCAUUUGCAGAUGAGGGUGAAUUAUCUGCAUCAGAGCGCUACCCCGAGGAUCCCUCCGCGGUAUUCGAACGCCUCAAAUUGCAGGAGGCGCUUGGUGAUGAUUCUUCUAGCAUCGAUUAUGAGUCGCUAGCUGCCAAUGACCGAGGAGCUGCAUGGUUGCGUGACCAGAACGAGCGUACCAUACGUUCAAUGCUAGGCGCUUUGCCAGAGCCGUCAAUUCCAGAUAGCCUGUCGCUUUCUCUUGAUUCGCAAGACGAAUUGGGCGGGGAUCUCGCACUAGAGAGGGAUCCGCGUGGCAAAUAUUACUAUACAUAUACCUCCGGUUCUGCCUCACAGACUCAUGGCUCUGGCGAUGACGAAGGACAUGACCCUGACGAAGACGGGGUAGCAGAAGGAAUUCAGGUAGUAAAACCAAGACCAACCUCCAUGCAUCUGAAUUGGCUUGCUGCGCAGCAAGUAGACUCCGUGGAAAAUCGAAGGCCACAUCCAUCAACAUCAACACCUUCGUUUUAUACACACAACUCUGAUCCUCUACCAACUCUCAGUCAUCCCCUUGCUAACUCUGGUUUCGACAAGGAGUUUCUGCCCUACCUCUCGAUGACUGCGCCACCUCCAGAAAUUCUUACUGAUUGCUCCCAUUGCGGCGUUCAUCUUGACGCCAUUCGCUACGUUUGCUCUACCUGUGGCGAGAAAUCGCCAAUGCAAAAGUCUUUUGCUGACCCAGAAGAGACCCUUUAUUCGUACCCACCUCGCCAGCCAUUAUCGAGCGGUGGUUCUAGUUCCUCGCAAACAUAUGUCGGAAGUUUGGAGUCAUUGGCCAACGUCCAACGUUCAAAACCACUCCCUUCUCUGCCUUCAAUGUCAUCAUUUCCUUCUCUCCCGUCUCUUCCAUCUCUUUGGGGGUCUAGCAGUACUUUACCACUUCAAACAACGGAAACUCACGCUGGGUACGAAUUGUGCUCAGGUUGUAUCGAAUCCGCUGGAGUUCACCAUGCAAUAGAGGCUGGACUUGCGACUCCUGGAGUGUCUCCUGGCUAUAGUCCAGAUUCUGCAUUAUCCCCAGCAGAUGCACAGCGGGCAUUGCAAUGGAGGCGCGCAGCUCCUAAAAAGGGUCAAUUCCGGCACGCAUAUAAAGAAAAGGUUUGGAGCCAAUCAGGUUGGGAAGAUGUUGUCCUCGACGAGAAUAAGGUUUCUAAAUGCUCGACGUGUUCUGCAGUAACGCCUCGCAAGAGAUACAAGUGUGCUUCCUGUCCGAAACUACACCUAUGUCGCGCUUGCUAUAGUCAAGUCCACGAACUACACCCAACCCACGCUUUCCUGAUCGUUCCGGAUAAACCUAUGCGUUCCCAUAGCGAACCCGACUACCUUCCCAACAUACCCCCUGACCCCAGCGAAGAACUUUCUCUUAAACAUCCUGGAGUCAAAUGUGCACACUGUCUUCUUGACAUCGUUGGUGCACGCUUUCACUGCGCGAUAUGUGAUUCCGUCGAUAUCUGUUCAAACUGCGAAUCAGCUGGGUUACCGGGAAAUCUCGAUUCGUCAGACGGAGGACACAAUUCAUCCCAUAUUCUAAUCAAGAUACCAUAUCCUCUGGAAACAACUGAGCUUCAAAGGGCAAGCAGCCGCGCAAUUCAUUUGUGGACGGGAAGAGACGCAGCAAACGUUGGCUUCGCAGUUCCACGAUCCAAAGCGAAGUCGGAAGUGUCAUCUUAUGCUCGUACCGUUGUUGGAUCGGGAUCAAGGGAUCAUACCUCGCAAUCGUCUGACGAGCAUCGAGUAAAUUGCAACGCUUGUCGUCAGCCUAUCAUUGGCACGAGGUAUCAAUGCGCCCAUUGUCCAUCUACAACAGCAUCAUAUAGCCUGUGCGAGGGAUGCGAAGCUCAGUCAUACUUGGUGCAUGAUCCAAUGCAUAUUUUUUUCAAGCUUCCAAGACCAGUUCAAAGGCCCAUUCAAGCCCCAUACGCCCUGCUCCCGCCACUGUACCAACUACCCGCAGGCACUCGUAAUAGUAAUUCGCCGGAGUCUGAUGGUCCGGGAGCUUAUUUGAAGUCUCUUGUGCAUCCGGCAGCCCUAUGUGAUCGAUGCCUGGAUUGCAUUCACGGCGAAUGGUUUCGCUGUGCGUAUUGUGGCAUCGACCUCUGCGACACUUGCGAGGCUGUGGAUACACACGAUGACACCCACGUUUUCAUUGUUUUCAAAUCUACGAUUGACAUGCAGCUGUUCAAAAGCUUUGCGAAUUUGGACAGCCCGAACGGCAGUCCACCUGCUAUUCCCUACCCCGUUUACCGCUGA